CCCUCGACACCAGUCCGUCCGCUUCCAGCUGCUGCGGCCGCGCCUGCACCAUCUCAGCAUCCAGCCUCCCCCCCUUGCUCCGGCCCAGCAUGGCGACCCCGACCCAGGCCCCCACGACGGCUUCUCAUGAUCCCGACCCAUUUUACUACGACUAUGACACCGUGCAGACUGUGGGUUUGACCCUGGCUACCAUAAUGUUUGUGCUGGGCAUCAUCAUCAUCCUCAGCAAGAAGGUGAAGUGCAGGAAGGCCGACUCCAGAUCUGAGAGCCCAACGUGCAAAUCCUGUAAGUCGGAGCUUCCCUCCUCAGCCCCCGGAGGUGGCAGUGUUUAAGACCAUUCUGGGACACCAGCUGCUCUGCUGUCCCUGCCCGAUUGGGAGCCUGAUGAAUGGGCGGAGCCAGUGGGGACGCCAGCCUGGUCCCCCCCCAGGGCCGGCUGCUCUGCUCCCUCAAAUGAGGACCGCACCCACCCCAAGGCUGGAGCCACUGCACCCCCUGUCCCUCCCCAGGCCUUGGCGAUGAUGAUGAUGACCCCUCCAAGCCCGCCUGCAUCCUGGAUCCAGGCCUCCAGCUCCUGGGUUCUGGGGGAGCCUUAUGCUCCCUACCCCUGCCCCCUGGUGUCUAUGUCUUGAGCUGAAUAAAACUGUGCAUUUGGUUUUUUCCCCUG